CGGGCCGAGAGUCUAGAGCUCCAAAAGGGCAGGAGAGCGCGGCCGACUGGUCGUCGCGCCAGGAGUACAGAUGUGCCCAGGCGUCGGGGCGCACAGGUCUGAGCUUGGGCAAAGCUCUUGAAGAGGGCAAGACGGCGGCGACGAGAUGCAAGCGGAGGAGCCCUGCGCCCCUGGUGCUCCUGGAGCCCCUGGCGGUCCCGGCGGUCCCGGCGGCCCCGGCGGCCAGGGAAGAAGCCAGCGCGCGCCGGGCCCCGAGCUGCGCCUGUCCACCCAGCUGCUGCCGGAGCUCUACACCUUCGUGGUGCGCGUGCUGUUCUACCUGGUGCCUGUCUACCUAGCCGGCUACCUGGGGCUCAGCGUAACCUGGCUGCUGCUUGGGGCCCUGCUUUGGAUGUUGUGGCGCAGGAACCGCCGCGGGAAGCUAGGGCGCCUGGAGGCCGCCUUCGAAUUCCUAAACAACGAACGCCAGUUCAUCAGCCGCGAGCUCCUGGGCCAGCAUCUGCCGGCAUGGAUCCACUUCCCGGACGUGGAGCGGGUCGAGUGGGCCAACAAGAUCAUCGCCCAGAUCUGGCCCUACCUCAGCAUGAUCAUGGAGAACAAGUUUCGGGAGAAACUUGAACCCAAGAUCCGGGAAAAGAGUGCCCACCUGAGGACCUUCACCUUCACCAAGCUCUACUUUGGACAGAAGUGCCCCAGGGUGAACGGUGUCAAGGCACACACUAACAAAUGCAACCGAAGACAGGUCACCUUGGACCUGCAGAUAUGCUACAUCGGGGACUGUGAGAUCAGUGUGGAGCUGCAGAAGAUACAUGCAGGCGUGAAUGGGAUCCAGUUGCAGGGCACCCUGCGGGUCAUCCUGGAGCCCCUCCUGGUGGACAAGCCCUUCGUGGGAGCUGUCACCGUGUUCUUCCUUCAAAAGCCGCAUCUGCAGAUCAACUGGACAGGCUUGACCAACCUGCUGGAUGCACCAGGCAUCAAUGAAGUGUCGGACAGCCUGCUGGAGGACCUCAUUGCCGCCCACCUGGUGCUGCCCAACCGCGUGACUGUGCCUGUCAAGAAGGGCCUGGAUGUGACCAACCUGCGCUUCCCUUUGCCCUGUGGGGUGAUCAGAGUCUACUUGCUGGAAGCUGAGAAGCUGUCCGCAAAGGAUGGCUUCCUGGGGCUUGGAGGCAAAUCAGACCCCUACGCCAAGGUGAGCAUCGGCUUGCAGCAUUUCCGGAGCAGGACCAUCUACAAGAACCUGAACCCCACCUGGAAUGAGGUAUUUGAGUUCAUGGUGUAUGAAGUCCCUGGGCAGGACCUGGAGGUGGACCUGUAUGACGAGGAUACAGACAGGGAUGACUUCCUUGGCAGCCUGCAGAUCUGCCUGGGGGACGUCAUGACAAACAGAGUGGUGGAUGAGUGGUUUGUCCUGAAUGAUACAAACAGUGGGCGGCUGCACCUGCGGCUAGAGUGGCUGUCACUGCUCACUGACCAGGACGCCAUGACUGAGGACCAUGGUGGCCUCUCCACUGCCAUCCUUGUGGUCUUCUUGGAGAAUGCCUGCAACCUGCCGAGAAACCCUUUCGACUACCUGAAUGGUGAAUAUAGAGCCAAAAAACUCUCCAGGUUUGCCAGGAACAAGGUCAGCAGAGACCCUUCUUCCUAUGUAAAGCUGACUGUAGGCAAGAAGACGCAUACAAGUAAGAUCUGUCCCCACAGCAAGGACCCGGUGUGGAGCCAGGUGUUCUCUUUCUUUGUGCACAGUGUGGCAGCUGAGCACCUCCGCCUGAAGGUGCUAGAUGAUGACCAGGAGUGCGCUCUGGGAGUGCUGGAGUUCCCGCUGUGCCAGAUCCUCCCCCACGCUGACCUCACCCUGGAGCAGCGCUUUCAGCUGGACCACUCUGGCCUGGACAGUCUCAUCUCCAUGAGGCUGGUACUUCGGUUCUUGCGUGUGGAGGAACGGGAGCUGGGGAGCCCCUACACAGGACCUGAAGCCCUAAAGAAAGGCCCUCUGUUCAUCAAGAAGGUGGCCACCGACCACAGUCCCACUGCCCCAGCCCAAGGAGAAGGCCCUACAGAUCUGCCAUGUCCCCCAGACCCUUCUUCAAACACCAAGGAGGCACCCAAGAACGCCACAACCACCACCAGUGCUUUCCCCGAGCCCCAAGAGACAGGCCCAGAGCCCAAAGGCAAGGACAGUGCCAAAGGGCUCUGUGAGCUCCCGGGGAAGAAGAAGAGCUCAACCACCAUCUUCUUGACUGUCCCAGGCCCCCACUCUCCGGGGCCCAUCAAGUCACCCAGGCCCAUGAAAUGCCCCACCUCCCCAUUCGCAUGGCCACCCACGGGACUAGCUCCCAGCAUGUCCUCGCUCAACUCCCUGGCCUCUUCCUGCUUUGACCUGACAGAUAACAGCCUCUACAUUGAAGGUGGGGACUGCGGGCAGCGGCGGCUUGGUGAGAUUCAGCUCACGGUUCGCUACGUGUGUCUGCGGCGCUGCCUCAGGGUGCUCAUCAACAGAUGCAGAAACCUGACGCCGUGCACCAGCAGUGGGGCAGAUCCCUAUGUCCGCAUCUACUUGCUGCCAGAAAGGAGGUGGGCAAGUCGGAAGAAGACCUCGGUGAAGAGGAAGACCCUGGAACCUCUGUUUGAUGAGACAUUUGAAUUUUUUGUUCCCAUGGAAGAAGUAAAGAAGAGGUCACUCGAUGUUGCAGUAAAAAAUAGUAGGCCACUUGGCUCACACAGAAGGAAAGAGUUAGGAAAAGUGCUGAUAGACUUAUCAAAAGAAGAUCUGAUUAAGGGCUUCUCACAAUGGUAUGAGCUGACUCCAGAUGGACAGCCCAGAAGCUGAGUAGCAACAUCGCUGAUGUGUCAGAAUGUAAAAUUCCGCAUGAUGAUCGGAAAAGCAAAGCAGUACAGAAUCAAGGAUGAGUUAAAGGAAACCAGAAUUGUUAGCUUAUGUCAGACUGGAGGCAAGUCUAUGGGCCCUAUGUGAGAGGGUAAAGAGCCUGAAAAGUUAUGUCUCAUCAGAAUACAGAUGCCAAUUAGCACAGGAACAUAAGGUCUGAAAUUACAUACCACCAACUUGGUGUAGAAAUCCCCAAGACUAAAAAAUUGGUUUAGAACCUGGAGUCCUGUUAAGAUCAUAUUAAGUCAACCAUAAAACUGGUCCUUAAGGUUGCCCUUCACUUCCAGGGAGACUGAUAAAGCAGAUUUGUCACUAAAAGGAAGCUCACAAGCAAAAAUUAUGAAACAAAACAUGGAUAAAACUAGUAACUGGACACAAGAAGGAAAAUGUCAUUAGGGCAGAAGUGGCUAUAGGGGAGCAAAAAUACUUGUAAGUAGUUGGUAAACCUAAGUCUUGAUUACUUUAAAAAAAAAAAAAGCGUUAAUUGGCUUUCCAUUACUUUAACCACCUGAUAAUCAGCUCUUAAAAAGUUCAUCUAGGCACAGGGCUGGAGGUUUCAGCCCAUGAUUGCCCGGUGGGGCAUGUGGCCAAGCCACUCACUUCAUUGUUUGGACAUGAUAAUAAGAGGCUGGGGUCUCAGUACCCGCUUCAAGGACACAUUCCCAAACUGGAAGACUAAGAGGUGGAGCCCAGUGGGAAAUUCCAGCAUCUCCCAAAUAGUGCCACAGGCCUGGGACCACACCUUUUACACGUGGACCUUUGGGACUUUUAUACAAACCAUAGGAGUAAGCAACCAAAGACUUUUUUUUUCAGUUCCACUGUUUUCUAACACCUGGCUGGUUAUUUAGUGUCCAAAUCCUUAUUUAGGGAGCUAAAGGGAUUUAUAAUUGGUUCUAAAAAUAUAAAACCAAUUGUGGGUUAGAUACUGAAUUAUUACCUUCGGCUUCAAAUCAAAGUCUCUGUCCAGAGUCUUUCUGCUGGGCUUUUCCAAAAGCAAUGGAAGGACACUGCGAGGCUGGAGCAGCUCCUCUGCCGAGGUAGGUUCUCCAGGGUUCUGCCAACCUAGGAGCAUGUUCUCGUUCACCUCAUUACCCCUCACAGUUCAGCCCUGGUUCCUGCCCUCAUGUUCCACCACCACUUGCAAGUUUCUUGGCCAAGAGGGCUCCUGUGACAGCUCCACUUCUCCCCUGAGGCUUAAACUGGCCUGGUGAGGAGGUGCUUAUCCUUUUUUUUUUGUACCCUCUCCCUUGGCCCUAUGGAGUGGUCUACUUUCCAAAGAUGCUACACUGUGUCCAAGAGUAUUCUCUUACCUCCUUUUAAAUAGUUAGCCACCUUUUAGUAAAUUUUUCAUGUUUAGUUACCUGUGCAAUGUGGUUUCUCUCAACUGACAAUAUGUUAAAAUUUUUAACCAAAAACAUAAAGUAAGAGAAAACCCACCAAGUUGAAAUAUAAAACUUCCAAAUCAAUAGUGAAAAAGCAAAAUUAACCCCCUCCCCAAUAGUGGGGAGGAAAGCACAGAAAAUGUGAUAGAGAGAAUAUAAAAAAGAUGGCCAAAGGGCUUCUAUAAAUGUCUGUAAUCACAAUACACUGUUAAAAUCUAGAAUAUCAGGGGCUGGGGUUGUGGCUCAGUGGUAGAGCGCUUACCUAGCAUGUCAGAGGUACUGGGUUUGAUUCUCAGCACCACAUAAAUAAAAUAUUGUGUCCUAAAACUAAAAAAAAAAAAAAUAAACAUUUUUUAAUAAAAUCUAGAAUACCAAAGAGCAUGAAAGUAAAAGGCAUAGCUAUAUAUGCUGUUUCCAAAAGCUCAAACAUACAAAUGUAUAAGUAAAAAGAUACACCCAAGAAUACUUACUAUUCAUAUAAUCAGAAAUCUUAACAAAUAUUACAUUAAGAAAAAGCUGUUUCCUAUCACUUCUAGUCAACACUAUUGUAGCCCAUGUUAAAAAAGUCAAAACUGUUAAAUAUUUGUAUUUAAAUAUUGCCAAAUCACACAUCACCAACAAGGCUUGUUCACAUUGUUAUCCAAAUAAAUGGUAUUGCUUCAAGUGCACAGCCCGUGUGGCUACACAGGCCUUUCCCCCUCUGAUCCAGCAAUUUAAAUUCUAAAUACUCUAGAAAACUUACAUAUAAAUACAGGUGAUGAUAUGAACAUUAGAUGCAAAAUAAAUUGCUAGAACUAGAAUUCUUUUUUUUAGCAAGGUUGAUGGAUACAAAAUUUUUUUUAAAAUCAAUUUUAGUUCUCUAUUCCCUCACCAAUGAGAAAAUGAAAAUGGUAAUUUAUAAAUGCAUAAGACUUCAAGCACUAUUCAUAUAACCACCUCUAUAUGAAAAUUAUGCAACUUUUAAAAUAAAUUCAGAGACUAAACAAAUGGAAAGCUAUGCCAUAUUUGAAGACCCAACAGUGUAGAUGCCUAUUCUCCCAUGCUAAUUUGUUUUUAAUGAAAGCUCAUUAAAAAUCCAAAAGGUUGUAUGUGGGUAGCUUUGUAGAUUCAAUAUACAUAGAAAUCCAAGGGCUGGGAAGUCUUCAGCAGUAUGACAAAGUUUACUUUCAAGCCAUACAAUAACUGAAACAAGGUGGUAGUAGUACAGGAAGAGACAAAUGGACCAAAACAACAGAAAAGCCCAACAAUAGUAGUUGUAGUAGUAGUCUAUGACAGAGGCACCACUAUGAGCAAUGGAAAAGGUCAGACUUGUCACUAAAUGGUGCUGGCACAACUGGAUAUGCAUUUGGGAAAAUAUGAACUAGUCUUUUACUCUUGCCACAUUCAAAUAUAAAUCAACUUUAGGUUUAAAUGUGAAAGGAAAACUUAUGCUGUAAUAUGGAAGAAUAACUUCACAAUUUAAGACCAGGGCAAAUUUUCAUAAGCCACAAAGAACACUACCUAUAAAGACCAUAUCUUUCUCUACAUUAAAAUUAAGUUCUAAUGUGGCUCAGUGGCUGAGUACUCCUGAGUUCAAUUCCCAGUAUUGCCUACCCCCCCAAAUUGUUGUUCUGUGCAUUGAAAGAAACCAGAAAUGAAAAGAUAGGCCUCAGAAUGGAAGAAGACAUUUAUACACAUAUAACUGCCUGAUGGCUCAUGUCCAGAGUAAUAGCUCUUUACAAUUUACUCAGAAAAACAUAAUCUAAUAGUUAAAUGGGCUAAAGACACAAAUGCUUCAAAAAGAAAUAGAAAUGUCCAAUAAGUAAAUAAAAGAUACUCAACUUCUAAUCAGGGAAAUAAACAAAAAUACAAUAGUUCUCCAACUAUACUGGCAAAAAGGAUGUUGAAAAUAGGGAUUUUCAUACAUUGUACCAAUUUAUACUCCUCAUGAGCAAUCACUUUGGAAAACAGUUUGGCAUUUUCUUCUAAAGUUACACAUUCUCUAUCAAAGUCAUCUUCUAUAACUCUAAAGACUCCAUUCAUAUUGAUAUCCACAGAAAUGGUAUUGCCUCAGGUUAUACGAUACUUAGCACAUGUGGCUACACAUACCAGCAAUUUUAGUUGGAUGUAUACUCUAGAAAGCUUGCAUAAAAGGGUUCAAGGAUGUAGACUCAUAGCAGCACUGCUCAGAAUAGCUAAGAAGUGGAAACCACCAAAAGUCAACCACCAGUAUAACAGAAAAAUGAGUCAGAGAAUACUCACAGGUAGAAUAAUUCUAUAGCAAUCAAAACACAUGACUGAACCUAGCACACAACACAGAUGCACUGUACAAUCAUAAUACUGAAGAAAUAUUAAGAGGACAAUUGUGAUUUUUAUAAAAACUAAAUUAUAUUGAUUUAGGCAUCACAUAGAAAUGGUAAAACUAGUUUUAUAAGACCAAAGAGGUGAUUAAUGUUAAAGUCAGGAUAAUGGUGAUCUCCAUAGGAAGGGACAUUUAAGGUGGGUUGAGAGGGCUAUCUGGAGUGCUAGAGAUGUUUUACUUUUUGGUUGUCAUAUGGGUAUUCACUUUAUAUCAUUCAUUAUCCUUGACAUUUAUGAUAUUUUAUAAUUAAAAAGGUCAGUAAAACAAAUGAAAAGGAAGAUAAAGGAGAAGAAAUACCUAGUAAGAAAAAAUAUAUAUUCAAGGCAAUAAACAUGAGUAGCAAUAGGAGGUAUAUUAGGAUGAUAAAAUAACUUAACAAGUUUAUAGACAUUUUAGUAACUCCUAGAAGCCAACAAACCAAGCAGACAAAAACCAAACUGUUAGAAAUGUAGUAAAUAUCACAAUAGCACAACAUGUAUAUAACAGAGAUUAGACUUUUUUAAAAAGAAUAUAUGGAGCAUUAUGAAAAUUUGUCUAAAGUCAAAAACCUCAAAUCCUAAAGACUUAAUACCAAAAAGAUAUUCUGAUUAUAAUGCAGUAAAAUCAGGGGGGAAAAAAAGGGACUGGGUAGAUUCAGUGGUAGAAACCAUGCUUAUCAUGUGCAAGGUGCUAGAUUUGAUCCCUAGCACCAAAAUAAAAAUAAACAAUUUUAAGAACAACCCUAGAAAUUCUACAUAUUUUCAGACUUCAAGUUAUACCUCUAACUUCUGCUUCUAGCCAGGAUGGAGUAAUGUAAACCAAAUUUACCCUUCUACCUACAAUAACCAAACCCAAACAAAACAUAUGAAACAGCAUUGAAUGUCAGGAAUAUGUCCAUAUGAACAUGAAUGUUCAGAGCAGUUUUAUUUUAGUAGUCAAAAAUUGGAAAUAACCCAAAUUUCCAUCAUUAAGUGAAUGGAUGAACAAAUGGAUGACAGAAUACUACAUAGUGAUAAGGAAUGAACUAAUACAAGCAAAAAAAAAAAAAAAAAAAAAACCAUAAAAAUCUCAAAAUAAUUAUGUUGAAAGACGCCAGACUAAGAGUAUGUAAGAUUCUAGUUAUAUAAAAAUCUAUAAAAUGCAAACUCAUUUAUAGUGAUGGAAAGCUGACCAACUACUUCCUGGAGACUGGAGGAAUUGGGAAGGAUAGUAAGAAAAUUUUGGAGUGCUAGGUAUAUCUAUCAUUUUGAUUGUGGUGAUGAUUUCACAAGUAUAUAUGCACAUCAAAACUUGCCAAAUUUACACUUUAAAGUUUCUACCACUGAGGCUCUGGGUUCAAUCCCCAGGACCACAUAAAAAAACUAAACUAAAUAAAGGUACUGUGAACAUCUACAACUAAAAAUUUUUUUAAAAAAACACGUACAGUUUAUAUGUCAAUUACACAUCAAUAAAACUUUUAAAAUCAA